AUGUACGAUGUGAUCAUAGGAGGAGAUCAGAGAGAACGUGAUCGAGCAAAGAAGCUCAAAGAAGAAGCAGCAAAGGGAAAGAAAUUGUCUGGUAGUCCACAAGCGAGGAGGGAAGCUGAUGCCAAAGCAGUAGCUGAGAAACAAGCUGCGAAAGCGAAAGCUCGUGCAGAAGCUGAAGCAAGAGGUGAAGUAGCAUCUUUCGAUAAGAAAGUGGAACAGAGGAAAGUCAACGCUCAGCAGAAAAAGUAA